UAUGUCUUCGUAACCAUUUAAAUAUCCUGAUUUUAUUUAAAGUCGAAUGUACAUGUAUGUAUUUCCAUUUUGAUAAAUAAACAACUAUAAGCGUAGCACAUGCGCCGAUAGUAUAAACUGUGUCAAUAAUUCAACUAAGUUGAUAUCAUUGAGAGAGGAAAAGACCUUAGUAUUUCUGGAGAUAUAGUCCGAAAGAGCAAUGGCAUCAGGAACACAAGAUUUAUAUAAAAGCCCUGUUUGCCAAAAACCCAAUCUGGAUGAAUUAAAGCAAAUAGACGCUGAUUUGAGAUUAAAGUUAUCCGAUGAAGACCUCAAGGAAAUGCAUGACAAUUUUCAAGGACUUAUAAGCUCUUUGCAAAGACUAAAUGAGAUUCCUGAACCACAACUUCCUGUCAAAUACCCGAGGACUCCCGGGUACAGUUCCGAAGACGAUGCCUGGUAUUGGAAAUGUGACAUCAAAGGUGCAGCGAAAGGUAAACUGGCAGGUAAGACGAUUGGCAUCAAAGACAAUGUAGCUGUUGCUGGAGUACCAAUGAUGAAUGGAUCGAAAAUACUAGAGGGAUACACACCGGAGUUUGACGCAACCAUCAUCACCAGAAUACUUGAUGAAGGAGGUAAUAUUGUUGGAAAGACUGUUUGUGAAGAUAUGUGUUACAGUGUACUGAGCUGCACAGCAUCUACUGGCCCUGUUAAGAAUCCAAUUGACAGUAAGCUUUCUGCCGGGGGAUCCAGUUCCGGAAGUGCUGCUCUACUCGGAAGAAAGGAGAUUGAUUUAGCUAUAGGAGGUGAUCAAGGAGGGUCUAUACGUAUUCCUUCGAGUUGCUGUGGAACCGUAGGAUUAAAGCCUACAUUUGGUUUGGUACCUUACACGGGAAUAGCAUCACUAGAAUCGACAUUGGAUCAUGUAGGACCGAUGGCCAGAACAGUCACCGAUUGCGCACUUCUCCUUGAAGUAAUCGCUGGGUAUGACGAAGGACGUGACCCCAGACAAAUUCCAAAUAUAGCAAUACCUCAGUAUUCACAAUUGAUUGAUGCUGGUAUAAAAGGCUUAAAGAUUGGUUUAGUUAAAGAAGGAUUUGAGACCCCAGUAAUGGAAGCAGAUGUGGCUGAGAUUGUCGAGGGAGCUGCACAUAAAUUGAGAGGAGCUGGCGCUACAGUUGAGGAAACCAGUAUACCUCUACAUAAUGAUGGAAUAAAGAUCUGGCACCCAAUUGCACUGCAAGGACAAUAUAACUGUAUGAUAAAAGGAAAUGGUACAGGAUAUAACUGGAAAGGACAUUAUCCCACCUCUAUGCAAGAAGCAUUUGCUAGAGGUUUGUUCACACGUCCUUAUGAUAUGCCACAGCCUCUUAAGAAAGGUUGCGUGAUGGCGGAAUAUAUCCAAAGAAAUUACCAGAAUAAAUUUUACGCCAAGGCAAUGAAUCUUGUACAGGUUUUAACUAAAGCUUAUGAUGAUGCAUUGAAGGAAUACGAUGUUUUGAUAAUGCCAACAGUACCUAUUAAACCAACUGCUCUACCAACAGGAAAUGAUGACUUAAAAGAUAAAAGAAGCAAGUCGGCAUGUACAAUGAAAAAUAAUGCGCCAUUUAACGCAACAGGUCACCCGGCUUUAUCGAUCAAUGCUGGGUUUUCCGAAGGGCUUCCUGUUGGGAUGAUGAUUAUUGGAAAGAAGUACGACGAAACAACUAUUCUCAAAGUUGCAAGAGCAUAUGAAAAAAUAAGAGACGAUUAGUUUGAUGUCAGGUAGAAUGAAGAAUAUCUCAAAUUUUUUUUUACGUACAUUUUAGAAAAAAAUAUUUAUAAUAUGUAACUGGACGUAAAUGUAAGAUUAU